CCCAUAUAUAUCACAAGUCCUCCUUUCCCUUUACAGUUUUUGUUAACAUAUAUAGUGGUUUGAGAAGGGGGAAUGGAGGUGGGCGGUGGGCAAGUGAAAGAGUUGGCGGUGGCUAAGAAGCAAAAUAUGAGGUGGACAGAGUUUGGUUUGAGGCUUCUGGCCUUUGCAAACACCCUUGCGGCGGCCUUAGUUCUUGGACUGGAUAAGCAGACUAAGGUUGUAGUGAUGCAGAUUAUCCCCACGCUGCCGGCGAUGAAUAUUCCGGUCACUGCUGAGUGGAAAUACAUGUCUGCCUUCGUGUACUUCGUUGUGGUGAAUGCUAUUGCAUGUGCGUACGCAUUUGUCUCCCUGGUCUUAACGUUGGUAUGUAAAGGACAGAAGAGCAGUCGUCUGGCAUCGUUAGUGCUCAUCGUGCUUGACCUAGUGAUGGUGGCGCUGCUCUUCUCUAGCGGCGGGGCGGCCUUUGCUGUUGGGCUUCUUGGCUACAAAGGUAACUCUCAUGUGCGCUGGAACAAAGUGUGCAACGUCUUUGGCAAAUUUUGUGCACAAGUUGGAGGUGCUGUUACUGUGUCGCUAGCUGCUGCUGCCUUUUUUCUCUUGCUUGUCUUGCUUGCUAUCUUCAGGCUUCAUAAUAAACAUCAUUAGAAAGCUAAGGUGUUGAUCCAAUAAGCCAAAUUACUAUAUAUAAUGUUUUAAUUUUCUACUACUGUAUGUGUUGUGAAAUUAAGAAUAUUUUGAAUAUAAUGUAUUUUGAUUUCCUCUUGUACUGUAUGCAUGCGUCAUUCAAUUCGUGUAAAAAAACAAAUAACAUUCAAGUUUCAAUUAUCAUAAGUUAUUAUGUCUUG